UUUUAAUCACGGAUGAAAAUUCUACGUUUUACUUUUCACUCAAAUUCGUACAAAAAAAAAAUAUUUCUGACUGACAUGUUUUUGAUUUUCCUUAAAUUAUUGACAAUUUUUCCAUUUCUAAGUCUUCAAACGAAUAUGCAGAAAAAAUGCGACAAUUCUAUCUGCAACUAUGAAGCAAUUUGCAUUCUCAACAAUGGCAAUCCUACUUGCGAAUGUAUUCAACAAUUUUACAAAGAUGAAUUUUGUUCAAAACCAACCGACCACUGUUCUUCAAAUCCAUGUCAAAAUGGUGGAAAAUGUGAAUCCUAUCCUGGACAUUUCAAUUGCGAAUGCUCAACAGGUUUUGCUGGUCAAACUUGUGCUUCAAAACAAGAUGUUUUUAAAUCCCCUCAUUUGCACUACAAUCACAUUGCUCCCAUUGGAACUGAACAAUCACUCAUGUUAACUAUUCAAAAUUUGGGAACCAUUGAAACUCUAAUGGAAUUCUUCACUGAAGACUAUAUUAUCGAUGGAAUAAUUUUCACAUCAACGAGUGGCCAUUUUACAAAGUCCAAUGAUUUAAAUACUCUUGGAAAAAGUUUGCAUAUAGAACAUAGCGAAAGUCUUCCAUAUAAAAGUGGAUUUUAUAGAAUAUCUAAAGCAACAUUUUGGAAGCUUGGCACUCAUUCUAUCACCCUUGACUUUAGUGACUUCGGUCUAUCGGGGGAGAAUUUCUUCCGAAUGAAAUUCGAUAUUUUAGUCUACGAUCCAUCAGGAUUGAAAUGUUUUCCACAAAUUCAUCUUCCUCACUGCUUGAAUCCUCGCAAGCCUUUACACCUUGAUAUUCAAACCUUUGACUUUAUCGAACCUAUUGUGGAUAAACGAUGCAAUUCUCACUCAAGUUUAACUAUCAAAUGGAGUGUAAGGAACUAUUUAAAUACAGUUGUUCUCCAUAAGUUUCCAAAACAUUCUGGGAUUGCUCUUACAAUACCUCCCCAUACAAUGUGGUUUAACUAUCGGGAUGAUUUUGUUCAGUCGUACCUGAUUCAAGGAGAUGUUCUUGAGAUUCAUUCUAAUAAAAGCCACAUCAGCCAGACUAUACUUCGGUGCUUUGUUUUUGUGGACUCCAAGCCAACUGCUGCUUUUAUUCUUGGUGGUACAUAUCGCGAAGUGAACAUAAAUAAAGAAAUUACUUUAGAUGGAUCGAUUUCAAGAGACUACGCCAGGCCUCCUAACCAAGAUCAACAUCUACAAUAUUCCUGGUCUUGUACAUCGGAUGAUGUUAGAAACCCUUAUUGUACUGAAAAUAUUGGAAGUGAGUCUUCUCUUAGCAUACCUCCCGAAGGCCUUAAACUUGAUAAAACCUAUAACUUUAGUCUUCUUGUACGAUCUUCUAUCAAUAUUUAUAGCACUCAUCGAAGUUCCCAAACUAUAAAAGUAGUUUCAUAUGAUUUACUGUUCCUACAUUUUGUUUGCCUAAGAAAUUGUGAAAAUGGAAAGUUUUCACAGGGAAAAUUAAUUCAUUUAAAGCUUGAGUGUGUCAAAUGUCCAACAGGAAAUAUCGAUUAUUCAGUUCGAAAUGAAUUUGGUGUUGAAGUUUCAAACAGUCAACGAGUGGUUCUGGUGGAAGAAUCAAAAGAAAAAGUCUACCUUAAGGCUGAAGCUAAAGUGGGUCAAUUUUCAGGGAGUACAUCAAUCAAAUUGAUAGUUAACCAACCACCUGCAAAGGGAACCUGUUCAGUUUCACCUCCUGGUGGAAUUGAAUAUCAAACUCUAUUCACUAUUUCCUGUUCAGGUUACAUAGACGAAGACAACCCAAUAGAUUACAAAUUUUGGUUGGGAAAUAAUAUUCUUGAUCAUGGUGGUGACGAAGUACUUACCACCAGGCUCUUCCCUACAUCAGGGAAUAUCUGUGAAAUUCAAAUUCAUAUUUGUGAUGAUAUCGGAGCUUGUACAGAAGUUCGACUUGAAGUUUCCUUGCAACCAAUCACCAAUCCAUUUGGUACUUGGUUGGAAUUACUUUCUCAAGAUGAGACAAAUCUGGAGAAACUCAUAGAAAAUGGUGACAGAUCUGGUGCUUUUGUAUUGAUAGAAACUGUAAUUGGCCAUAUGCCACCUGAUGAAAGUCAAGAAAUUGCCAAACACAUUGUGGAAUGUCUUCGGAAUAUCAAGCCAAAUCGAUUGCUUCUUGUCGAACAGCUUUUAACUAUUGGAAAUAAACUUCUACAAUCAGUGGAUAUAACCAGCGAAACAACUAUAUUCAUCUCGGAACUGUUUAUCAAAAUCAGCGAAGGAUUAUUGAACUCAAUUAAAAACCAUGAAAUUAUGGAGCUACAAGUCGAAACCCAUGAAAAAAUGGUGAAUGAUCUAGCUGAGACUAUGGCUAGAACUGCAAUAGAAGUUGAAGAAUUUCCAAUAGUUCACAAUGCUGAACCAAUUCCACUGGAAGAUCCAUUUUUGGAAAAUUAUUCAGACUAUGGCGAACUUGAUAUUAAAGGUGUUGUUCAUAUUUCUAACUGGUUGAAGGCAUUCCAAAGAUUGCACAGAUGUCUUCAAAUAAUGGGUGCUGUAGCGUCUUUUGUACAGUUGCCAGCGGAGCCUACUUUGAUGAUAAAGAAAAACGGUGUAACCAGUAUGACUGUUGUUGUAGAUACUUCGGAAGCAAUGUCGUUAUCCUGGAAUGAAUCAAAAACUUUUAUUGACCUUUCUAAAGAAUUUCUUGAGAGCCUUGAAGGGGACGAAAUUGCUAUUCAAGCUUUGAUUUUUGAAUCAAAUCCACUUUGGUGGAAUCCGGAGCAGUAUCAGAUCAACACUGAUAUUCUUUCAAUUGGAGCUUACACGAAAAAUUUGAACUCAUUGAAUUCAAAAACUACGAAAAGCCGUUUUAGUUUCUACAUGGAACUGAAGGGUUCUUCCGAAGAGGUGCUUUCUCAUGGAAGUAUUGAAAACAGUAUGGAAAUGGUUAUUUACGAGAGGAUUCUUCCAGAGAAUGCUGUUUUAUUGGUGACAUUUAUGCCCCUAAAACAUGAUUUACGAGUUCUUCUUUUAUUGGAACAAAAACUAAGAACAUAUAUGUUUAAAGAUGCCAAGAAGAUUCAAAGCUCCCAAGAAAAUACAACUUUAUAUAUCAUCAAUAAUAGUGUCAAAAAGCGUAAAGGCUUUUUAGCUAUUUCGUCAAACUUUAAAGUUGAAUUUUCAUUCACUUUGACUAUCAAAAUGUGUACAACAUGGAAUUCUCAAUCGCUUGAAUGGACAUCAGAGUAUUGUUCGGUAGGAAAUCAAACUAAUGCAACACACAUACAUUGUUCAUGUUGGCAUUUUUCCAUGUUUGGAGCAAAAGUUUAUCCAACUUUUGGAUACAUUCAGGAGUCGAAGAAUCUUGUUGAAAACCUUUAUGUCAGCUAUAGAAUGUUAGCAAUAAUCUGUAUUAUCAUUCUUUUAAUGUUUGUUUUUCUGUGGAUUGCUUGGCAAAGAGAUCUUAAUGCAGCUAAGAAUAUUGUAAUUCUAGAAGACGUUUAUGGUAAGAGAAAAGAAGCUCAUGAAUAUUUAGUAAACAUUUAUACAAAUGGUCAUACUCAUGCUGGAACUUCUUCUAAUGUAACAAUUCAAUUUUUUGGAUCGUUAUCAGAAAGUCCGAAAUAUACUAUUUACUCAAGACCUAAGAAAUCACUAUUUCAUCGGAAUGCCCAGACGAAUUUUUCUAUAUUUUCAUCCACUGAUUUAGGGGAUUUAGAGUCAGUGGCACUUAAUCAUGAUGGUUUUGGUAGAUACCCAAAGUGGAAUUGUCAUAUGGUACAAAUAAGAGAUGAAGUACGAAAAAAUCAGUACAUAUUCAUGGUAAACAGAUGGAUCUAUGCUGACUCAGAACCAAUCAUUAUUUAUUUGACCAAAGCAGAAAAACUUCAAUCAAGAUGUUGGAUUUUUAGAAAUUUCUUGGCAAAUACAUUUUCAAAUUUCUAUGCAGAACAAUCUUUUUCUUCUGUGAGGCUGUAUGGGCAUAUGAAUGCCAUGGAAAAAGCUAGCAUUUUUAUAUUGAAACUGUGCAUAACUGUCAUGGGAACCCUAUUAGUUUUUGGACCGACAACUUUUUGGACAUAUGAGAUGGAACGUGAAACUUACUAUUCAAUGUUAUUGGAUUUUCAAAAGUUAUUUUUAAUUGCAUUUGUUUGUCAUAUAGUUGGAGUUGUUGCUGGUGAAACUGUAAUGGCAUAUUUGGUUUGGAGGCCAAACACAUGA